AUGCCAGGUCUGAAUAUCCGGUUUAAGGAUAAAGAUUCGACAUCAUACCAACAAACCCAUGUUCCAUUUUUACCAGAGAACUCAAAUAAUUCAAUUUUAUGUUCCGGUGGAUUAUUCCUUGUUGAUAAUAAGAUCCCUUCGUCAAUUAUUAAUGUUUUUUUCAUUGACAACUAUGUUCCCGUUAAACAUUCGACUGAAUUGCAUUCUCGUAGUAGUUCGGUAGUUGGGUUUGAAUUUUUGUGUUUGAGUUUAUCAAUUAAAGAGAAAGAUGGAGUUAUUAGGAAUUCGAGUGAGAGUUUGGAGCAGAAGAGUAUUAAGGAGGCUCGAGCGGUUGUUGGCGGAGGAAGUACGGCGGUGAAGGCCGGAAAAGUAUCGAAGGUUGGCUUGCGUAGCCGCGGGGCGGUGAACACUACCAAACAUUUGUGGGCUGGAGCUGUGGCUGCCAUGGUUUCAAGAACUUGCGUUGCUCCGCUUGAGAGACUAAAGCUGGAAUAUAUAGUCCGUGGUGAAAAGAGGAAUAUAUUUGAGCUCAUCAAGAAAAUAGCAGUAACACAAGGCCUGAAAGGUUUUUGGAAGGGAAACUUUGUUAACAUUCUGCGCACAGCACCUUUUAAGGCAAUCAAUUUUUGUUCUUAUGAUACAUAUAGAAAGCAGCUUCUCAAAUUAUCUGGGAAUGAAGAAACCACAAAUUUUGAGAGGUUUAUUGCCGGUGCUGCAGCUGGCAUGACAGCUUCAGCACUCUGCUUGCCACUAGACACUGUCCGGACGAGGUUGGUGGCACCUGGUGGAGAAGCACUUGGUGGUGUAAUUGGAGCUUUUCGUCAUGUGGUUCAAACUGAAGGGUUCUUUUCACUUUACAAGGGUUUACUCCCGUCUAUCUUGAGUAUGGCACCCUCAGGAGCUGUUUUCUAUGGGGUAUAUGACAUUUUGAAAUCGGCUUAUUUGCAUUCACCUGAAGGAAGAAAAAGAAUUCAGAACAUGAGACAACAGGAUCAAGAAUUGAAUGCUUUAGAGCAGCUCGAGUUGGGACCAAUGAGGACUUUCUUGUAUGGAGCUAUUUCCGGUGCUUGUGCUGAAGCUGCUACCUAUCCGUUUGAGGUUGUGAGGAGGCAGCUCCAACUGCAAGGCCGAGCUACUAAAAUGAGUGCAUUGGCAACAGCUGUCAAGAUUGUUGAACGAGGAGGUUUCCCUGCUCUUUAUGCAGGUCUUAUUCCCAGUUUACUACAGGUGUUACCUUCAGCGUCAAUAAGCUACUUUGUUUACGAGUUUAUGAAGAUUGUUCUUAAGGUGGAGUGA